AUGGCGUGGACCGAGCCACGGACGCGCCCAGACCCAAAGCAAGAACCAAAAUUGACGCCUUACAAUGGCAGGACUUUUCCAUCAGCCAUCCUUCAAGUGCAGCCUCCAUUUUUACUGCCCAUCCUUCUCCUGCUUGCUGCCUUUGCUGACCUGGGAACUGCCGGUCCACCCCAGCCAGCCCGCCCCCCUCUCCUGUCUGGACAGCCUUUUAUCAUCUUCUGGGGCAUUUCUGACUCUGCCUGCUCCGGUCGGCCAGAUCCAAGCUCUUAUGGGAUGGAACGGGAGGGCCGUGUGGCCGUUUUCUAUGAGGACACACUGGGGAACUACCCUUAUUUUAUAGAUAAAGACACACCGGUCAAUGGCGGGUUACCACAGCACACACGGCUGGACAACCACCUUCAAAAGACACAGCAGGACAUAGAGGCAGCUUUACCUGCCCCAAGGUACCUUGGGCUGGGGGUGCUGCGCUGGGCAGAGUGGGUUCCCCAGUGGUCAAGAAACAGAGAGAAGCAGGCGAUGUGUCUAGAGGCAUCUAGAAACCUGAUGAAGAAUUUCUUUCCGAGCUGGACCCCAGAAGAGGUCGAGAGGUGGUCACAGGUGGACUUCGAGGCAGCAGCGCAGGCAGUAAUGACGGAAACUCUACGGGAUGUCAAAAGGUUGAGGCCCAAAGCAUUAUGGGGAGUCUCCCCUUACCCCAGCUGCUACAGCGGGGAUCCCGCCCAGACCAUAUUAGCCAAUUACACCAGCCAGUGCCCUGCUACGGAGAUGGCCCUUAACGAUGAGCUUCUGUGGCUAUGGAAACGAUGCUCCGCCCUCUACCCUCUCUUCACCCUGGAGAAGAUGCAGGGUGGUACCUCUGGAGCAAGGCUUUAUUUGUCCAGUCAAAUCAAAGAAGCACUACGAGUUUCGUCUCUGAGUGGGACGGCAUUUGAUCUUCCUGUAUUCCCACUGAUCAAGAGUGUCUACACCUCUACUAACACUUUCCUGUCACAGGCAGACCUGGUCAGCACCAUAGGAGAGAGUGCUGCCAUGGGAACAGCCGGAGUUGUCAUCUGGGAGAGAAGUGAGACUAAGACGGAGAGAGAAUGUCAGGACCUAGCAGAGUUCGUCCGUAAGGUACUGGGACCCUACUCCAUGAACGUAACCACGGCAACUCGGCUUUGCUCAGCCUCUCUGUGCCAGGGAAAGGGACGAUGUGUUCGUCAAAAUCCAGAAAGCUCGGCAUACCUCCACCUCCCGCCGCCCUCCGCACUCACACCUCCAUCUCCAUCUCCAUCCGAAGUGGUGGAGAAGGAGACAGAAAAGGCAGAAAAAGCCGCAGAGGCAGUAAAAGCCACAGAUCAGCCAGACCCAAACACUAAAGGAGCCGAACCAGACCCAGCGGAGAUCUGGAAGAAGGACUUCCAGUGCCAGUGGUACAAGACCGCAGACGGGGAGGUCUCAGACCAGCAGUCCCCCAAAGACGGAGCGUCCGUUAGGGUUAAAGUAAAAGAAAAGGCUGAAGAUGUAAUGGGGACAACAAGAGCUCCUUCUACAAGAGCUUCUACAACAAAAGGGGCCUCUGUGAUUGAGUCAAGAGGAAGCAGUUCAGCUAGUACUGAAAGUCCAUCGCCUUCCCUGGAAUUAACUACCAGUAGUUGUACGACUCCAUCGAGUGCCCCAAACCUUACUGGUCUGCUGUUGCUGGUGGCUGGAAGUCUUACCUGGAACUUUCAAAUGUGAAGAAACCAGCCUUUAUCAGGAAGCUCUGGGUUAGGAAUGCAAUAUGAGCCCUUCUGAAGUGCCCUUGAGCAAGACACUGAUCACUGCCAGCUGCAGGAGUGCUGCUCUGUUCAGUACAACACCCUAUGUUUAAAGCUGGAACUUCAAACAUAUCAACAAAUGUGCCAAGAGACAUUAGUGGUACACACACUUGUCACUUUUUCUUUCAGUUUC